CUUUUUGACAUUAUUUCUCCUUAGCUUAGCUCUCUUUUUCAAGGGAAAAAAAAAAAAAAAAAAACAAACAAACACACACACCCUUCUACCAUUUCAGAGCUAUGUUGCCAAGAAGUCGAACACUUCCGGGCAGAAUCCACCAUGGAGCUAUAGAAGAAAGGCAUGAUAUCAGGCACUAUUUACAAGUUGAAGUCCAACCUAAAACUCGUAAUGACACUGAAGUUGAAUCAGUAAUAAACCCUCAAGCCAACUACUCCAAGUGCUUUGAUGAUGAUGGCCGCUUGAAGAGAACAGGAACAUUUUGGACAGCAUCAUCCCAUAUAAUUACAGCAGUUAUAGGGUCCGGAGUCCUAUCAUUGGCAUGGGCCAUGGGGCAACUGGGCUGGGUUGCUGGACCAGUUGUUAUGGUUCUCUUUGCCAUUGUCAAUCUCUAUGCUUCCAAUCUAUUAGCGCAGUGUUACAGGGCUGAUGACCCUGUCAAGGGACAGAGAAAUUAUACAUACAUGGAUGCUAUCAAGGCUAAUUUAGGGGGACGAAAGGUCUUCUUCUGUGGAUUGAUUCAAUAUCUGAAUUUGUUUGGCGUUGCAAUUGGAUAUACUAUCGCAGCUUCAGUUAGUAUGAUGGCAAUAAAGAGAUCAAAUUGUUUCCAUGCAAGUGGAGGGAAAGAUCCAUGCCACAUGUCAAGCAACGGAUACAUGAUAACAUUUGGAAUCACAGAGGUGGUGUUAUCACAGAUUCCAGACUUUGAUCAAAUAUGGUGGCUCUCUAUUGUUGCAGCUAUUAUGUCUUUCACAUACUCUGCUGUUGGUCUGGGCCUUGGCAUUGGCAAAGUUGCAGAAAACGCAGCCUUCAAGGGAAGCCUCACUGGUAUCAGUAUUGGGACAGUAACCCAUGCUGGGUUAGUCUCUUAUACCCAGAAGCUAUGGAGAAGUUUGCAAGCUCUUGGAGCUAUUGCCUUCGCAUAUUCUUACUCUGUAAUCCUCAUCGAAAUUCAGGACACAAUAGGAUCUCCUCCUGCAGAAUACAAAACCAUGAAGAAGGCAACUUCUUUUAGUAUUGCAGUGACUACAUUUUUCUACUUGCUCUGCGGAUGCAUGGGAUAUGCAGCUUUUGGUGAUAAUGCACCUGGAAAUCUAUUGACAGGUUUUGGAUUUUAUAACCCUUACUGGUUGCUAGACAUUGCCAAUAUUGCGAUCAUCGUGCACCUAGUUGGUGCAUACCAGGUAUACUGCCAGCCAUUGUUUGCAUUUGUGGAAAAAUGGAGUGCUCAUAGAUGGCCAAAGAACGACUUUGUGACUGCGGAAUACGAGAUGCCAAUCCCCUUUUUCGGCGUCUACCAGGUGAACUUGUUCCGGAUAGUGUGGAGAAGCAUAUUUGUUGUUGUGACAACCCUCAUAGCCAUGCUUAUGCCCUUCUUCAAUGAUGUUGUUGGAAUACUUGGUGCCAUGGGAUUCUGGCCAUUGACUGUAUAUUUCCCUAUCGAGAUGUAUAUUUCUCAGAAGAAGAUAGGACGAUGGACUAGCCAGUGGCUUGGCCUUCAGAUUCUUAGUGUUAGUUGUCUCUUCAUCACCAUAGCUGCCGCUGUUGGCUCUGUGGCUGGGGUUGUUCUUGAUCUCAAGACUUACAAGCCAUUUAAAACUAGUUAUUGAGAGGGAGGGAAAGAGCUGUGAAUUGGUGAAAUACAAAGCUGGAAAUAGCCUAAAAUCAUAUAUAUAGGUACUAUUGUGCUAGUACAGCUACCGUUGUGCGAGUAAGAGGCAACUGCUUAUUUAAUCUGUAGGAGCUAUUUCAAGUUUCAAGUUUCUUCCUCGAGUGAUUCUGCGUUCGGUUU